AUGUCGUGGUCUGAAAACUCGGACGAUAUCCGUAUCCGGAUCGAACCGAUAACAUUGCAGUACGAAGUUCCGGUCGUUGGACGUCAGACCAGCACCCAUUUCAUCAAGAACGAAAGCACCGUACCAGUAGCGAUCAAGAUGAUGACGUCGCGAUUUGAGCAAUUUCAGAAACUGAUCGUCAAGUGCAAGCCGUUUGAUUUCAACGCCGAAGAACACAGGAACGAUCGUGUCGCUGUCGGCUACUGCAGAGCUCCAAAGGGGGUGCAGAACGCGGCGCGUUUCUGCCAAACAUCCCAAGUUUGGAAAGUACUCACGAUGACAAUAGUUUAUAAAGGAAAAGUACAAAAGGCAAAGGAACCGGCCACUCGGCAGUCGGCACCCGCGUUGACUCCUGACAUGAAUCGCCCAAGUCCUAUAUGUCGGAAAACUGCCACAUCUGUUGCAUCCAGCGAAAGCGACGAAAAAAACUACGCUGUACCACCGUUCGACGUCCGAAAGCAAUGUGGCACUACCUGGCCGACUGCAAAGGCAGAGAACACAAAACGCACAUGGCACGCCUGCAAGCAAGGACAGCUCAGAUAG